UCCUCUCCCACAAUGCUCAGCGCCAGUGUCAGCCAUGUUGGGUUUUCCUUGACUACGUGUGUGUCUGCUUAAUCUCUACAUUCUGGCGUCAUCCUUUCCUCACGUUGCUAUUUUCUCCGUGAUAACAAAACCUGAGUGUGUUGUGACUCCUUCUGGUGAGGAAGGAGAGUGAUAGCGCCACAGACUCACCACCAUGAGCUUCCUUUUUGGGAGCCGGGCAAGCAAGACCUUCAAACCCAAGAAGCACAUCCCAGAGGGCACCCACCAGUAUGACUUGAUGAAGCAUGCAGCCGCGACGCUGGGUUCUGGCAACCUGCGCUCGGCUGUCAUGCUUCCUGAGGGAGAGGACCUCAAUGAAUGGGUUGCUGUCAACACUGUGGACUUCUUCAAUCAGAUCAACAUGCUGUAUGGUACCAUAACAGAGAUGUGCACUGAUGAGUCCUGCCCUGUGAUGUCUGCUGGGCCCAAGUAUGAGUACCACUGGGCUGAUGGGCAGACUGUUAAAAAGCCCAUCAAGUGCUCUGCCCCCAAGUAUAUUGACUACCUCAUGACGUGGGUGCAGGACCAACUGGAUGAUGAAACACUCUUCCCCUCAAAGAUUGGUGUACCAUUUCCAAGAAACUUCCAGAGCAAUGCCAAGACCAUACUGAAGCGACUCUUUCGGGUUUAUGCACACAUCUACCACCAGCACUUCUCUGAGGUGGUUCAGCUGGGGGAGGAGGCCCACCUCAACACCUCCUUCAAACACUUCAUCUUCUUUGUUCAGGAAUUUCAGUUGAUAGAGCGGAAGGAGCUGGCACCCCUUCAGGAGUUGAUCGACAAACUCACUGCCAAGGAUCGAUGAUUCUAAGUGAGAGAAGUAUCCGUCUUGCUUGGAGGCUUGAGAGCAUGGAGUGAAGUAAGGUUGGGGAAUACUGUAUGUUGUAAAAGAGUAUUAAUCUUUACUUCAGAAGUCAGCUUUUAAUGUGAAGUUUGUGAGAGUUGCUGUCUGACUUUAAUAGAAUGAAAAACUUUGUGCUGUUAUGAUUCAUUAAAACUCUGUAUUAGAAUUCAGCAAUCUUACGAAGGGAAAGGUUUAUCUUUCUGACAUGCCUCUGUGUAACAAGAUAACUAACUGUAGGCAACCAGCUUGACGUGUUUGUGGAGGUGGUACGAUUAUGUACGUAAAUAAUUCAAACAGGAUGUUGAACUGAUAACACAUUGUUGUCAUAUCUUUUAUGAUUAAAGGAAAUACUAGUUUGGGCAAGUAACCCUCCCUUUAAAUGGGAGUAAACACUUACAGAUGCCUUAACUCUGUGCAUUUUCCCCAUUCUUUGUUGCUGGCAAAUUGGGCCACUUGGGUAAUACUUGAAUGAAGAGAGGCCAAAAGCAGCAAGUAAUACCAUGCUGUGCUUGACCUUAGCAGCCAGUAAGCUUUAUGUUUCAGUUUUAAACAUACUUGCUUCUGCAUUCAUUGGCUUUGGUUUUUGAAGCUUUGUGGCAGACAGAAUUCAUUGCUUCAAGUAUGUAGUAGAUGGGAAUUGCACAGUAUGAAGGUUGAGUAUUGAGUAAUCCAUAGGAAGCUUUCAUUUGCUUCAUGGAAGUUCAUCACACAUUGUUGUCAUUGCUGCAUUAUAUUUUAGAGCACUCAUCUUGUAUUAUAAUUUAUUUCUUACUGUUGAGGAAUGAUUUCUGGGGAUUAAAUGUUGAUAUUUAUUUACUGUCUUACCACAAAGCUUUGUAGUUUCAUGUCAUGUCACCAUCUCAUAGCUACAGGCAUAUUAUUUUAGCACUAUUCAAUGUUUUAGCAUUGUUCAGUCAUAAACCCCUUUCCUUACCCUGCCAAAAAGAAGUAACACAAUUCUGUUUAGUCAUAGUACAGUGCUAGCCAACUAUUGAAUGAAACCACCAAGUGGGUUUGUCCCUGAUAGCAUCAGGUGUGCACUUGUUUCCAGUAUAUUUUUCAACACUUGCACUUGGUAGUCUUCCACAGAAUGUCAGAUUAGAGAGUUUGUAUGUGAACCUGUUGGCAAUUAACAUUUAUCCAAGUUUUGAAAGAUGGAUAGCAUGAUUCAAACAAAUGAAUGUGGAGAAGUUGUAAAGAUGACUUUUGUGUGUGUGUGAGGCAACACUGAGUCACUAUUGUCAGAGGACCAAAGAGGUUAUUGACAGUUGGAUUCUUUAUGUAACUUAAAAUUUCCCAAACUUGAUGGGUGAUACAAGCAGAAUGCAGCAGUCCACAGUAGUAGUAUAAAGCAACAUUUUCAAAAUGUAUAUUCUAACCUCCAUUAAAGAAAUGGCUUAAGUAAUUUUUUUUUUCAAUUUUUUGGGAAAUUGAAAAAUCUCAUUUUCUUAUAUUUUGUAUCAAUGAUAUCAAUGUUUGUGGUGAAUUAUAGACUACUCCUACCCAAGAGGUGCACCACAUCAGGAACAACUGACAGCCUAAAAUCCAGAAGUUGCCAAAAAAUUACUUGGAAGAUUACUUUAUGAAGGUGAUGAUAGGAAGCAGCAGGUUUUCCCUAAUAUAAUGUAAUUCAGCAACUAAUGUCAGAUUUUCAAUUUAGGGGAUAAUUAUUAACUGUAUAACAUAACCACAGCACAGAUCUGUUAUCAUAGGCUUGCUGUGGUCACAAGUCAGUUCAAUGUUUCAUCCAGCUGUCGUCCUGUUAGGCAGUUGGCUGCUGCUCUGUAGAGUCGUAUUAUAUUACCAUUACUGGAAUUAUGUGGAGUCGGUGUUUGAUUGAUUGAUUAUCUCAUUACCAGAAAUCCUUCAUGCAUUAUAAAUGUAUUUUUUUGGGGCAGUAAAAGAAGAAGGUGCCUUGAGCAGACAUACCAGUGUGCAUGCACAAUUGUUCAUCCAUUAGAAGUGAAAUUCAUUAUUAUUAGAGGGACAAGGAGGCAGGAAAUAGCAAUAGUCUGUUUAUUAAGAUUGAUUUCUCAAGAGCCUUCUUUGCAUCUUUACAAAAAAUUCUGCUGAGGUUUUGUGUGUGUGUGAAAUGUAAAAGAUGUUGAAAAAGCUUGGAAUUCAGUAGUAGAAUUCUUGUGACAACUUUCCUUCACAGUUCCUGCAAAUAAAGCAAAGUAGAAAUGCAAACUCACCGAAACUGAAGGCUGCAUUUUCCAUUUUGUUGUAUUUUCAGGCUGUGUAGAUAUAAAGUAAAUAAUCCCUAGAAUUCUGUGACUAAAUUCCAAGAUUAUUGUAGGAUGUGAAAAAAAUACCAAAA